AUGGCUCGCUUACUUCUACUAGGCACCCUCGGCUUCGACGUCGUCUCCUCCUUCUCGCUGGCCGACCCGUCCGCCAAGGCGGCUUUCCUCUCGCUCGCCACCGCGACGGCGACGGCGCUCAAGCAGGCGUCCGAGGUUGCCGUCGGAGAGACGAUCUGGCUCGCGUCGCCGGCCGCGGGCACGCUCAUAACCAAGGUCGUGGCCGACGGGCUGCACAGCCCGCUCACUAUGCACGGCGGCUGGCCGGUCGUCGACGGAGUCGCGACCUCGUACAACAGUCCGGCCGUCGUCGCGCGCAACAAGUACCUCGUCCCGCUCGUCGAGGCGGUCUGCCCCUCCCUCGGCCGCCUCGUCGUGGCGGCCGUGAACCCCAAGCCGAUGCACUACAUCGAUGGCGAGGUGGUCGAGCCAAUCUCGUCGCUCGAGGUCGCCGCUGCCGUGGCCGUCACGGUCGCCGCCACUCUUGGCGUGCGCAAGAUCACGGCGCGCAAGUAA